AAAAAAAAAAAAAAACCCACAAAAUCCAAAAAGAAAGCGCUUCCCCAACUCCAUUCAUCUUCCCCAAUCUCUCUUCAGACGAUCCCCAUGUGAUCGGAACCUCCAUUCUUCCUGCAACAAUUCAAUAUUCUGUUCUUCACUCAUUACUGCGGAAUCAGUCACUAAUCGAGACUUUUCAGUCAUUCAACCAGCGGAGGCCGUACGAUGAAGCCGUACGGUCAGUCUAUGGAAGGCUCUCAGUCCGAUCCGUCGCCUGAAUGGACUGCGUCGGGACCUGAUACAGGUCAUGGAGAGCCGGUUUGGCCGUUGGGAUCGAGGGAACGGGAAUCGUACCCUGAAAGGCCUGAAGAGGCUGAUUGUAUAUACUAUCUACGUACCGGAUUUUGUGGAUAUGGCUCUCGUUGUAGGUUCAAUCAUCCUCGUGAGCGUAGCGCGGUUUUGGGAGGUGGUUCGAGACCUGGUGGAAGAGACUAUCCCGAACGAGUAGGGCAGCCUUUGUGCCAGUACUAUAUGAGGACAGGAAUGUGCAAAUUUGGUACUUCCUGUAAGUAUCACCAUCCUCAGCAGGAAAUGGGUUCUCUCAGCCCUGUGUCUUUGAAUUUCUAUGGCUAUCCACUUCGGCAGGGGGAAAAGGAGUGCUCUUAUUAUUUGAAGAAUGGGCAGUGCAAGUUUGGUGCUACGUGCAAAUUUCAUCACCCUGAACCGGCUGGUUUGCAGUUUCCAGUACCAUCACCCGUUCAGGUUGCACCACUGCCAGCUCCAAUGCCUCCUGCACCGUCUGUUUAUCCGCCCGUGCAGUCUCCAUCUGCACAUUCGUCACAGCAGUAUGGAGUAAUACUAGCAAGGUCUCCAAUGCUGUCAAGCCCUUAUGUUCCUAGCCCUUAUGGUCCUAUCCCUUAUGGUCCUAUGUUGGUCUCCCCAGGGAUUGUACAAUUCCCAAGUUGGAAUCCUUACCAAGCACCUAUGAGUCCAGUAGCCUCUCCCAGUGCUCAACCUUCUGUUGGAUCAGGGCAACUUUAUGGUAUGGCACAAGUUUCGCCUUCUGCACCUGCCUAUGCUGGAUCUUACCAGCCAAUGCCAUCUGCUGGUGCGUCAAGUACUAGCCAGAAGGAGCACUCGUUUCCAGAAAGACCUGGGCAGCCAGAGUGUCAAUUUUACAUGAGAACAGGGGAUUGUAAAUUUGGAUCUUCUUGUAGAUACCAUCACCCACCAGAAUUGGUUAAUUCGAGAUCAAGUGUUGUUCUUAGCCAAAUAGGUCUUCCUCUACGCCCGGGUGCACCACCUUGUACUCACUUCAUGCAACGAGGAAUAUGCAAGUUUGGCCCUGCAUGCAAAUUUGACCACUCGAUGGAACGACUUAGCUACAGUCCAUCUGCAUCAUCUCUUGCUGAUAUGCCAGUGGCACCUUACCCUGUGGGAUCGGUAGUCGGUACUUUAGCCCCAUCAUUUUCAUCCUCAGAGUUGAGGCCUGAACAUUUUUCAGGACCCAGAAUGGAUUCUAACCCUUCAAGAAUGUCUUCAUCAAUGAGCACCUCUAGUGGAUUGGCUGGUUCAACUACAUCGAGGACAGAAAUGCAUUCUCAUUCAAAUGUUCAACGAUCUUCUCAAAGUUCAGGCCUGUCAGCGAGCAGUACCUCCAGCACCACCAGUGUGGAGGGACGUACUUGAAGUAUGCUGCCUCAGGAUCAAAAGAUCCCUAUUUUUUGCCCAAUCCCAAAACCAUAGACCUUUCCUUUUCCCAUUAUAAUGGUCCCAUAGUCCCAGGUCUAGCAUACAUCAGCUCUGACCUUCUGUGUCCAUACAAUCCUUAUAUUUCAAUUUAUCUCAGCCUGAAUAAGUUAUGGUCAACCUAAAAGAAUGUAGCAAACUUCGUACAGCCUUCUUCCUGCCUUUAGAAUAAUCCUGAAAGCAGCAUAGCAAAUUAGGUAAUUCUGCAUCUCAACUUCAUUCCUGGAGUUUGUCGCCCAGUUUGCUGCUUAGAUCGAUCUUCUUCGAGACAUACAAAAUGGUCUGUUCCACGGUGAUUUCUUUUCGAGCUACACUCAGCUUAUGUCUAUCUCUUUCCAUGUUUUCCUAUGACCAGGGAACAACCUCUCAAUUCAAAUUGAAUAUGAAUUUGAAUCUACGUUAUAUUCCCACUCGUUUUUUCCCUCAUUUAUUGUGGAAAAGGAUGUAUUUAAGACUCGGGGAGUCAUCCCAUUGGCAAUGUGAUCUUGUACGAGAUUUUAAUAUCACGUUAUGUAGUGACAUUCAAUGCUGGACUUGGCUUUGAAUGGAUUUACAAAGUUUACAUUUCAAAAGAAACGUGCAAAUUCUAUAACAAUUGCCUUCUA